AUGAAAUUGUUUGCUAUCUUUCUGUUUGGCCUCGUAUUGGCUAUGGCUUUAGCUGAGGAACCAGCAGGUGAUGGUCCACCACCAGAGGAACCUCCAGCAGAUGGUCCUCCUGACGAUAAAGAACCAGCAGAUAAACCACCAGCAGAUGGUCCUCCUGACGACAAAGAGCCAGCUGAAAAACCUCCAACAGAUGGUCCUUCAGAUGAUAAGCCCCCAGCAGACAAGCCACCAACAGAUAGUCCUCCAGCUGAUAAACCCUCAGGGGAUAAACCUCCAGCAGACAGUCCACCUAAAGAUGAUUCACCAGCCCCUACUAAAAAACCUGCUGCCACUACCAAGAAACCUGCUCAAAGUAACAACCUACAAAAGGAAAAUGAAAAGAGACGUCAACAAAUUAAAAAACAACAAGAAGAAAUCAAACAAACUAAAGAAUUGGUUGCGAAGGAGCAUCAGGCUAAUCUAAAGAGGCGCGAAGCCAUCGAAAAGAGAGCCGAGGAAAAUAAGAAAAGGCAAGAGUUGAUUAAGAAUAGAAAUGAAGUCAUGCAGAAAAGAAGUGAGAAGGUUAAUAAUCAGAGGGAGUAUCUCAAGAAAUUAUUAGCUUACAAUGCUGCUGCUAGGAAGAAGUUGAAUGGCGGUAACAGAGGAUAA